CAGUACGCACCGCUCGCCCAGCUGUUAGAAGAGGAGGCGGCCAGUGCACCUUGCCGCGGAGCCGCGGCAGCCGGGCUUCCAGGGGGCGAUGGCUAGUGGUUCGCCCCGGCACCGCCACUGCCUGGUGCUGCUGGCCGGGGUGUUGCUGUGCAGCCUGGCGGCAGGGCGAGAAGCGCAGCAGGACCCGGACCCGCUUCCCCUCCUCCUGCCCCCGGGACUCGGCGGCGGCGGCGCCCCCGAGCUGCGGGUGGCCGGCAGGGGGCUGCGGGUGCCCUGCGGCCGCUCCGUGCCGCUGGACCCGGCGCGGGACCUGGUGAUCCGCGUGCCGCCGGGGGAGAAGUGCGAGCUGACGGCGCUGGAGAGCGAGGAGGGGGGCCCGCCCCGCCUCGGCGCCCUCUCCCCCCGGCGCUUCCCCUGCCGCUUCGGCCCCGGCCAGGUCACCUACACCCACUACGGCGCCCCCAGCCCCGGCCGCUACCGCCUGCGCCUCCAGCUGCGCUCGGGCUCGCCGCGCCGCCCGCGCCUCCUGCCCCUGGCGCUACCUGUGGAGGUGCUGGCCCGGCCGCCGCGCCUGCUCCGCCGCCACCUGCCGCUGGAGGUGGAGUCGCGGCUGGGGCUCAGCCCGCCCCUGGACGCCAACGUGCUGGGCUUCCCCGAGGGCCGCUGCCGUCUCACCGUGCUGCCCCCCUCGGACGGCGGCGCCCUACUGCCCGCCCAGGGGCGCCUGGUAGAGUCCCACGGGCGCCCGCUGCCCCCUGGCUACAGCAGCGAGUGCGGCCGCUUCCUGCGGGCCGGGAUCCGCUACCAGCACACGGGGGCUGAGCCCUGGUCCAGCCGCGACUCCAUCCCCAUGCGGGUGGAGCUGCUGGAGGACGGGGAGCGGGAGUACUUCCAGGUAGUGGUGCGGCUGCCGGGCAGCGCGGAGAACACGGCCCCCUCCCUGGGCUUCGCAGCGCUGCUGGUGGCUGAGGUGGAUCAGUUCGUGCUCACUGCCCUCACCCCCGACAUGCUGGCGGCCGAGGACCUGGAGAGCCCCCCGGACCUGCUGCUCUUCAGCCUCACCGUGCCCUGGCCCAGCCCCGGCGGGCGGGAAGGUGAGGAUCUCUGGCUGCGGGGCUACCUGCUAAGCACCGACGAGCCCAGCCAGCCGCUCACCUCCUUCACCCAGCGGGAGCUGAGGGAGCUGAAGAUCGCCUACCAGCCGCCCACGGUGGACUCCGACCAAGAGCGCAUCUUCCAGCUGGAAAUGAAAGUGUUGGACCCUGAGGGCACCUCUUCGGAGCCCUUCGCCUUCAUGGUGGUGGUGAAGCCCAUGAACACGCUGGCCCCAGUGGCUACCUUCAGCCAAGCCACUGGCCCCCAGCUGAUGCUCUUCGAGGGCCAGUCAAGGCCUCUGUCUGACACUCUGGAGAUAAGCGAUGAGAACAACCUCAGCGAGGUGAAGGUCUGGGUGACCCGGGGCUUGCGACAUGGCGAGCUCAGGGUACUGGGUGCGCCACCCAGCCGCAAAUACUUCACAGCAGCCGAGCUGGAGGCUGGGCAGGUAGUUUACCAGCACGAUGGCAGCGAGCACAGCUACAGUGAUAACACUGUGUUCCGCAUGGAGGAUGGUCAGCACCAGGUGGAGUUUCUUUUCCCCAUCAUCAUUGCCCCUGUUGAUGACCAGCCGCCCCUGCUCAACGCCAACACCGGGCUGGUGCUGAGAGAGCGCCAGGCUGUCCAGAUCUCGCCCUUCAUUCUCAGUGCCACUGACGUUGAUUCUGAAGAGUCAACUAUUCACUUUAUACUUCAGGAGGACACUGAGGAGUCUGCCCAUGCCUCACACUCCCACCGCCUGGGUGAGCUGCUCCUGCGCCAGGCAGAGCCACCGCCAUCCUUUCAGAGCGAAGAGGACGUGGAGGAGGCUGGUGAUGCUUCAUCUUCCUGGCGCUUUGUGGAAAGUGAGGGUGUGUAUGAGAAGGUGGUGACCGAAUGGCUGCAGCAGGACAUCCUGGAUGGAAAGCUGUUCUACAGGCACACAGGACCCCAUAGCACCAGUCCUGUGAUGGACCAGUUUCUGUUCUGCCUCCAGGAUGACAAUGAGCCCCCUAACCAGUCUGGAGAGCAAGUGUUCACCAUCCAAGUGCAACCAGUAGACCAUUUGCCCCCAGAACUGUACCCAGGCACCAGCCUACAGAUGACCGUCUUGGAGUACCAGGUGACCCAUUUCAGAAAGCGCUAUCUGUGCUAUACUGACCUGGACACAGAUGACAGCAAGUUGAAAUAUACUCUGCUUACACCCCCAGCUGACAUAGAUGAGAACCACCCUGUGCUGGCUGGCGAGAUCGUGCUGGCUGACAACCCUCUUGUGUCCAUUACUCAGUUCACCCAAGCCCAGGUGAACCAUCAGAAGGUGGCAUACCGGCCUCCAGACCAGGAGCUGGGUAUCACACCAAGGGUGGUGCAAUUUAACUACAGUGUAGAGGACUCAGCGAGCAACUCUGUGCCAGGGACUUUCACUCUCUUCCUGCAGCCAGUGGACAAUCAGCCCCCCCAGAUCACCAACAUGGGCUUCACUGUGCUCGAGGGGAGCAGCUUCCUUCUCACCACUACUCAGUUGGAUGCCACUGACCAGGACACGGACACAGAUCAAAUUAUAUUCAUCUUAAUCCAGGCACCCCAGCAUGGCCACCUUCGCUACCUGGAGGGGCUGAUAGUCCAGGGAGAAUCUUUCCUGCUAGAUGAUAUUGCCAGUGGGCGUAUAUCCUACCAGCACAGUGGUGAGGAGUCCACCAAUGACUCCUAUCAACUGGAAGUGAGUGAUGGCAUCCACCAUGUGCCAAUCACUGUUAGGAUCACUGUGCAGCCAGUGGAUGAUGAAAGGCCUAGUCUCACUCUACCUGGUGGUAAUGGGCAGCUGGGACCCUCUAUUGAUGUGCUAGAAAAUGGUGUCACUGAGAUCACUACUUCCCUUCUCCAGGGCACAGAUGAGGAUACUGAUGAUCUGGCUCUGACUUUCUUUGUGAGGGAUCCGCCCAAGCUGGGUGACAUUCUGGUAAAUCAGGUACCUGUGGAGAGAUUCACCCAGCAAGACCUUACCAGUGGGACAGUAGUCUAUGCUCACACUGGUGGAGAGAUUGGUCUGAAGAAGAGGUAUGACUCUUUCAAUCUGACCAUCUCUGACCUCUCCCAUGAGUGGGUGGUGGGAGGCAGCACAGUGCCAGGGGUGUGUGUGUCUGUGACAGUGCUGCCUGUGGACAGCAUUGCACCUAAAGUGAUUGUGGGGCCCGAGCUGUUCAUUGCCUCAGAGGGAGGGAAGAAAGCUCUGACUCAGCAGCAGCUGGAUGCAGAGGAUGUGGAUACUCCCAUGGAUGAUAUUUUAUGCACCAUCACUGUUCAGUCCACUUCUGGAUACCUGGAGAACAUCUCUCCAGCCCCUGGGUCUGAAAAGUCUAGGGCUGGCACUGCCAUUAGCAUCUUCUCCAUAAAAGAUGUUCGCCUGGGACAUAUCAGCUAUGUUCAGAGCAUCCACAAGGGGGUGGAGCCCCUAGAGGACAGAUUCACUUUCUGCUGCUCUGAUGGCGUCAAUGUCUCCCCACACCACUUCUUCCCCAUUAUCAUCAUCCCUACCAACGAUGAAAAGCCUGAGCUGUUUGUGCGUGAGUUUGUGGUGCUGGAGGGGAUGAGUCUGGUUAUUGACACUCCCAUCCUCAAUGGUGCUGAUGCUGAUCUUCCCCCAGACCACCUGCACUUCUUCAUCAGUGUUCCCCCCAAGCAUGGGCGAAUUGUUCAGCAGCUGACAACUGGCGCCAUACCCAUCCACAACUUCACACUGGAGGAGAUCCAGGAAGCCUCCAGCAUUGUCUAUGAGCAUGAUGACUCUGAGUUUAAAGAGGACAGCUUCAAAGUCCAGUUAAGUGAUGGCCAGCACACAGUGGAACAGCAAGUGUUGAUCAUGGUGAUCCUUAUGGAUGAUGAGACCCCUAGGAUGACUAUCAAUGAUGGGCUGGAGAUAGAGAUUGGUGAGUCCAAGGUCGUCACUAACAGAGACCUUAAAGCCACAGACAUAGAUUCAGAGGACAGGAAUCUCACCUACAUCAUCCGCUUGGCACCCAGGCAGGGUCUUCUGCAGCAUGUGAGCAAACAUGGGGAGCCGUUAGGCAACAUUACAGUGGGUAUGAACUUCACCCAGGAUGAUAUAGACCAGGGUUUUAUCCGUUAUGCUCAUACUGGCCAACAAGGGGUCCGUGACCUGGUUAAAUUUGAUGUCACUGAUGGCAUUAACGCCUUGAUAGACAGAUAUUUUUAUAUUACCAUCAGCAGCAUUGACAUAGUCUUCCCUGAGGUGAUUAACAAAGGGGUAACUCUGAAAGAGGGUGGGAAGGUGACGCUCACAACUGAUCUGCUCAGCACUAGUGACAUUAACAGCCCUGAUGAGAACCUGCGCUUCAGCAUCACCCAGGCUCCUAGCCGAGGACACUUAGAGAGCUCGGACAAUCCUGGGGUGCCUGUUGCUUCCUUCUCUCAGCUCCAGCUAGCUGGCAAUAAGAUUUACUACAUCCACACUGCAGAGGAUGAGGUGAAGAUGGACAGCUUUGAGUUUGAAGUGACAGAUGGCUAUAAUCCGGUCUUCCGCACCUUCAGGGUCUCCAUUACGGAUGUAGACAAUAAAAAGCCAAUUCUGACUAUCAAUGAUCUUGUGGUUGAGGAAGGGAAGACCAAACUGAUUACCCCCUUUGAGUUGACUGUAGAAGAUCGGGACACCCCUGACCAUUUGCUCCGUUUCACAGUUACCCAGGUCCCUGUCCAUGGCCGGAUUUUAUAUAACAGUAGCUAUCCUGUGACCAGCUUCACCAAACUAGAUUUGAAUGAGAAUCUGAUCAGCUAUAGACAUGAUGGCACAGAAACCAGCCAGGAUAGCUUCUCGUUCACUGUGGCUGAUGGGACCCACACAGACUUUUACAUUUUCCCUAAUACCAUCCUGGAGACUCAUCAACCCCAGCUGUUGAAGAUCCAGAUCAAUCCCCUGGACAAUGGGGUGCCACAGUUAGUGGUGAACAAAGGUGCCCCAACUCUGAGAAACCUUCCGACUGGACACUUGGGCUUCUUGAUCACCAGCAAGUCACUGAAGGCAGAAGACCGAGACAGCCCACACAAACUGCUGAAGUACAAAAUCACAGAUGGCCUAGAGCAUGGAUUCAUCAUUAAUAUUGGCCUUGGAAAUGACAGCAUUAACACAUUUACACAAGCUGAUAUUGAUGAAAUGAAGAUCAGCUAUGUCUUGAAAGAAGGUGAUAGUUCUACCAGUGACAUCUUCUACUUCUCCAUUGAAGACAAUGGAGGAAACAAGCUAAAGAGCCAAUGCUUCCAUUUGAACUGGGCUUGGAUUUCACUGGAGAAAGAGUACUACAUUGUAGACGAGGACUCCAAGUUCCUGGAGGUGACUCUCAAGCGCAGAGGAUACUUAGGAGAGACGUCUUUCAUCAGUAUUGGGACUAAAGAUGGAACAGCAGAAAAAGAUAAAGAUUUCAAAGGGAAAGCUCAGAGACAAGUCCAGUUUAAUCCAGGACAGACCACAGCUACCUGGCGAGUGAGGAUAACCAUAGAUGAUGAAUAUGAAGCAUCUGAAACUUUCCAGAUCAUUUUGUCUGAUCCUAUCAUGGCUGCCCUUGAGUUUCCAAAAAUAGCAACAGUUGAAAUUGUGGAUCCUGGUGACGAAUCUAUAGUGUACAUUCCCUGGCUGGAGUACAGAGUAGAGGAAGAUAUUGGUGAGCUGUUAAUUCCUGUUAGGAGAUCUGGAGAUAUCAGUCAAGAACUAAUGGUCAUUUGUUCCACAUAUCAAGGCUCUGCCAGAGGCACAAAUCCCUCCACUGUGUUAUCCUAUUCUGACUACAUCUCCCGUCCUGAAGAUCAUACCAGCAUCAUCCACUUUGAUAAGGACCAGAGAGAGAAAACUUGUCGCAUCAUCAUUAUUGAUGAUUCCUUGUAUGAGGAAGAUGAGACCUUCAAUGUCACACUGAGCGUGCCGAUUGGUGGGCAAAUCGGCACUAAAUUUCCUAGCACCAAAGUGGUAAUCCUGGCUAGCACAGAGGAUGAACCUGCUUUAUACUUUGGUGACACUGAAUAUCGGGUGGAUGAAAGUGCUGGUUACGUUGAAGUUCGUGUCUGGAGAACUGGAACAGAUCUCUCCAAACCGGCUUCUGUCACUGCACGUUCCAGGAAAACGGAGCCAGUAUCAGCGGAGGCUGGAAUUGAUUACGUGGGCGUCAGCCGGAAUCUGGAUUUUGCUCCUGGAGUCAAGAUGCAGGUGUUCCGAGUGACUAUCCUCGAUGACCUGGGGCAGCCUGUUCUGGAGGGUCCAGAGAAGUUUGAGCUGGUUCUCCGUAUGCCCAUGAACGCAGUGCUUGGGGUGCCUAGCAAAACUACCAUCUUCAUCAAUGACAGCAUUACUGACUUACCCAAAGUCCAGUUCAAGAAACCAUGGUACACAGUGAAUGAAAAAGAUGGACAGUUAGUGGCUGUCAUUUGUCGUAGUGGUGAUAUUAACCAUAAAUCUACCGUCCGUUGCUACACUCGCCAAGGUUCUGCUCAAGUCAUGAUGGACUAUGAGGAGCGACCAAACACAGAUGACUCUGUAGUGGUGUUUCUCCCAGGAGAGAUUGAGAAGCCCUGUGUGGUAAUACUGGAGGAUGAUGUAAUUUAUGAAGAAGAGGAAGAAUUCAGACUAGUGCUUGGAACACCAAAAAGUACCUCAACGCUUGGUGCCUCCAUUGGGGAGCAAAAAGAGACCCUGAUCAAGAUUAAGGAUGAAGAAGACAAACCAGUGAUUAAGUUCUCCAAAAUCAAACACAGCAUUCAGGAGCCUCGGGAGCCUGGAGAGAUUGCAGUUGUAAAAAUCCCCAUUUUACGUCUGGGUGACAGCUCAAAAGUAUCUGUUGUGCGAAUCCACACAAAAGAUGGCUCUGCCACCUCUGGGGAAGACUAUAAUCCAAUGUCUGAUGACGUUGAAUUCAAAGAAGGAGAAGCUGAACAUAUUGUUGAAGUCGAGGUCUUAUACGAUGGAGUGAGAGAAAUGAGAGAAGCAUUUACAGUCCACUUGAAACCAGAUGAAAAUAUGGUUGCUGAAACACUGAUGAACAAAGCCAUUGUGUACAUCGAAGAAAUGGACAGCAUUGCAGAUGUGACUUUCCCAGCUGUGCCCCAGGUUGUAUCACUCCUGGUGUACGAUGACGCUUCUAAAAGCAAAGAGAACCCACAUCCUCCUACUGGUUACCCUAUUGUGUGUAUAACGGCAUGUAAUCCCAAGUAUUCAGACUAUGACAAGACUGGGGGUCUCUGCGCUGCUGAAAACAUCAAUGACACUCUGACCCUGUACCGCUGGCUUGUCAGUGCUCCGAGUGGCAGUGACGGUGUCACCAGCCCCAUGCGGGAAGUGGACUCCAACACCUUCUUUACCAACACCAAGUCCAUCUCCCUGGACUCCAUAUACUUCCAGGCUGGAUCAAGGGUCCAGUGUGCAGCACGGGCUGUCAGUGCCAAUGGUGAUGUGGGUCUGGAACUGCUGAGCCCUAUUUACACAGUGAACAGAGAAGACGGUCUUUGUCAACCUCGGAUCCCAGGAACGGUUGGAGCAGAACCUUUCUCAGCCAAGAUUCGCUACACGGGUCCAGAUGAUCCCGAUUACCCCAACCUGGUCAAAUUAACAGUUACAACGCCUCAUAUGGAUGGAAUGCUGCCUGUCAUCUCAACUCAUCCGUUAUCCAACUUCGAGCUGACUCUUAGCCCUGAUGGCACUCGUGUGGGCAACCACAAGUGCUCCAACCUACUGGAUUAUAAUGAGAUCCAGACCAAACAUGGUUUUAUUACAGAUGAAACCAAGAACCCUGAAGUGAUUGGGGAAACUUUACCCUACCAGUACAGCAACUCUCUGCGAUCUACUAAGACCUUGCGUUUCUAUCGUAACCUCAACCUGGAGGCCUGCCUCUGGGAGUUCAACAGCUACUAUGCUAUGUCUGAACUACUGACUGACUGCGGGGGCUCCAUUGGCACAGAUGGCCAGGUGUUAAAUCUGGUGCAAUCCUAUGUCAUACUGCGGGUGCCCCUCUAUGUCUCCUACAUCUUUCAUUCUCCUGCUGCCAUUGGUGGCUGGCAGCACUUUGACUUGCAGUCUGAACUGAGACUCACCUUUGUAUAUGAUACCGCCAUCCUGUGGAAAGAUGGCAUAGGCAGCCCACCGGAAUCAGAGCUCCAAGGUUCCCUCUACCCAACCAGCAUGCAAAUCAAUGAUGAAGGGCGAUUGGUGGUGAAUUUCAGGACUCAGAUUCGGUUCCGAGGACAGUUUGUAAUGUCUCACCCAGGUACUUCUCUGUCAUCAAUGGUGAUGUCUGCUGACCAUCCUGACCUCACCUUCACACUGAGUCUGUUACGAAGUGAGCCAACCUUCCACCAGCCUGUGCAGCAGUGGAGCUUUAGCUCAGACUUUGCUGUACGAGACUAUUCUGGUACUUACACUGUAAAAUGUAUCCCAUGUACUGCUGCACCCAACCAGGAAUAUACCCUUCCUAUCAUCUGUAACCCAUGGGAACCAGUCAUUUUUGAAGUGGAUAUCAGAUUCCAACAGGUCAGUGACCCUGUAGCGGCUGAGUUCACUCUUAAUACCCAAAUGUUACUGCUGUCCAAGAAGGAGCUCUGGAUAUCCAAUGGCUCCAUGGGAUUUGGGGAAGGAAUGGAUGUGGCAUUUGCUGAAGGGUCUGAAAUUUAUGGCCGAGUGAUGGUGGACCCUGUUCAGAAUUUAGGAGACUCUUUCAUUUGUAACAUUGAGAAGGUGUUUCUGUGCACUGGGGCUGAUGGAUAUGUGCCCAAAUACAGUCCAGAUAAUACGGAAUACGGAUGCCUGGCUGACUCACCUAGCUUAUUGUACAGAUUCAAGAUCCUGGAUAAAGCUCAACCUGAGACGCAGGCAGAAGUGUUUGGAAAUGUGAAGUUUCACGCUAAAUUAGCUAUUGAUCAUGCAGAUGCUUUUCCGUUAGUAAAGCAGCCUGGUUCGGAUGGUUUCAGCCUGUCAGCCUCUCCUCUCUUCCAGGUAGCAGCAGGACGAGAGUGGUACAUUCAUACAAUUUACAUGGUUAGGUCAAGAGAGAAUGCUAACCGAGGCAUAGGCAAAAGAAGCCUAGAGCAUCACCAGACACUCAGCAGCACCAGGAACCUGAAGCGCAGUCGGAGAGCCAAUCCUGAUGAUGGCCCCACUAUUGCCCAAGACAUUGCAACAAAUAAAAACAGGGGCACAAAUAUUCAGCAUAUAGCCCUCUACCAUUCCAGUAAAAUCACCCAGAAUGAUCAGUUCCUGCCAGGUGAGCCCUAUCAAAGGCCAGUAUUGGAAAUCACUGGUAGAGAUUCUGAAAACAGCCUUUUGCCUGUUCUGGGAGGGGCAGGUGGGCUGCUGCUUCUGAUAGGCACUGUGGUAGUCGUCAUAUUUCUGCUGAAGCAGAGGGGACAGCCCUCUCAUAGAAAGAGGAAAUCAUCUGUCACCGACUCCAGCAGCAGUGACAGUUCUGAAGUGUAAGGGGCGUCUCAAAACU